GCGGGCCGGGCCGCGCCCCGCCAUGGCGGCCGAGGGCAAGGUGACGGGGCAGAGCCAGGAGCAGUUCCUGCUGCUGGCCAAGGCGGCCCGCGGCGCCGCGCUCGCCAGCCUGAUCCACCAGGUGCUGGAGGCCCCGGGCAUCUACGUGUUCGGGGAGCUGCUGGACAUGCCCGCCGUCCGCGAGCUGGCCGACAGCGAGUUCUCCCCCGUGUUCCGCCUCCUCACCAUCUUCGCCUACGGCACCUACGCGGAUUACCUGGCUGAAGCAGCAAACCUCCCUCCCUUGACAGAGGCCCAGAAGAACAAACUGAGGCACCUGUCAGUCGUCACUCUGGCUGCCAAGAUCAAGUGCAUCCCGUACUCGGUGCUGCUGGAGCAGUUGCAGCUGAAGAACGUGCGGCAGCUGGAGGACCUGGUGAUUGAGGCUGUGUAUGCAGAUGUGCUGCGAGGGAGCUUGGAUCAACGGAACCAGCGCCUGGAGGUGGAUUACAGCAUUGGGAGGGACAUCCGGAGGGAGGAGCUUAGCACCAUCACCCGCACAUUGCAGGAGUGGUGCCAGGGCUGCGAGGUUGUGCUCUCGGGCAUCGAGGAGCAGGUCAGCAGGGCCAACCAGCACAAGGAGCAGCAGCUGGCCCUGAAGCAGCAGAUCGAGAGCGAGGUGGCAAACCUGAAGAAGACCAUUAAAGUGACGACAGCAGCCGCUGCAGCAGCCACGUCCCAGGACCCAGAGCAGCACCUCACGGAGCUCCGGGAGCCGGCCCCUGGCACCAACCAGCGCCAGGCGAGCAAGAAAACCUCCAAGGCCAAGGGGCUCCGGGGCAGCACGAAGAUUUGGUCUAAGUCAAACUAGCUGGAUCUCCCUUCACAACUGGGAGGGCAGCGUCUCCCUCCUUUUCAUCGCCGCUUUUCACACUCUGAGCUUCAGGUUGUACGCCUUGCUGUUUCCCCAGCCGCCCAAGCCCCCGUCGCCACGGCCACGUGUUUCUCUCUUUCUCUCUGCCUGUCUUUUGACAGGCCAAUUUCAGGAGCCACAAGGUCACCUUGGCACCCCCAGGGCAUCACAAAGCUUGCAAAGAGGGUGCUGGUGCACAGCAGUCUUUCUGGCUCCAUGAGACCCCCUGGGAUACCUUGCUCCAGGACACAGUCUUUGAUUGUUUAAUCUUUGUUUUGCUAGGUGGGAGGGUAGUUUUUGAAGGGAUUCUUUUAAAAAAUAUAUAAAUAUAUUAUAAAUAUAUAUAAAACAAUAAAAAUAUAGAUCUAUGGACAUAUCUAUAUAAACCUGCGCUCCUGUGGGUGGCAUCUCUUUGCCUUGUACACCAGUUCUGGAGGUUCCAAAAUAAGCUGUGACAGUAAGAGCCUUUGUCCCAUUUUGGGGUGGAAUAUCCUCUCAAAGGUUCCCUUCUCAAAGGUAGUAUCUCUAUUGGGAUGAGAGUCCAUAAAACAGAAAUGAAUCAUAAAUCUUA